UGGCUGGUACUUGCUAGUGCCGGACUAUACUUGCCAGUGCCGGACUAUACUUGCCAGUGCCGGACUAUACUUGCCAGUGCCGGACUAUUACGCCGUGAAGAGGAAGGUUUAACUAGCCCGUACAUGUAGUAACAGAGGCCCCCUCUUCCCUGCUAGGAGAAAUACUUCAAUAGUAAUGGGAACAUCAUUAUUUACUUACCUAAGGCCAAUCGAGCCAGAGGAACCAAGGUGCGAGCACUCCUCCCCGAGUACCCUCCUCAUGCCGGGCGCAAACCUUUUAGUAACCCGUCUCUGGCAAGCUAUCACAUACACACUCAACCGGUGACGUCAUCCAUAACCGUCCGCUAGCGUCUAGGGGCAGGAACCGAAACAAGAACCCUAUCCGUACUGCUUUUUAUACCGGGAACCUUCAGCUGGAAUUCAGCAUUGUCAACACUCGGAACUCAGAACGAAGCCCCUUCACCAUCCGUCACAAAAUUUUCACCAUGGCCCAGGCCGACGUCCAGCAACCCCCUGACUACAACCUUAACGGCAACCUGAAUCGCCGCUGGGUAUGGUUUAUAACGGGCCCAACCGCGAGCGGCAAGACGACCAUUGCCAAAGCUCUCGCCCAAAGCCUCGGCUUCAUCUUUGUAGAAGGCGACGAUUACCACCCACCACAAAACCGCGACAAAAUGUCGCACAACAUCCCCCUCACAGACGCAGACCGCACAGCCUGGCUGCGCGCCAUCCACGACCGCGAAACGUCAAACUCUGCAUCAUCACCACCGCCAUCAUCUCCGGCACAGCAACAGCGACAACAGCAGCAGCAUCCCGAUGAUCCCAACUCAAACAACUUGAUAAUAACCUGUUCAGCACUCAAGCGCAAAUACCGGGACGUGCUCCGCGGCCGCCACCGUGACCAACCCCAACUCGAUGAUGAUCAUGAUGCCGACACCCCACCUGCAGCUGCACGCACUCCGAGUCAAAGUCAAACUCUGCCACACAUCCGCUUUGUCCUCCUCGACGUAGACGCAUCACUCCUCCGCGAACGCGCGGCCCAGAGGAAGGGGCACUUUGCCGGCCCCGGGCUAGUGCAGAGCCAGUUGCAGGAUCUGGAGCGGCCGGAGGGUGACUCGGAACGGGAUGUGGUUGUUGUCAGGGUCGAGAAGGACCAGAGUGUGGAGGAGACGGUUAAGCAGGUGGAGAGGCGGGUUAGGGAGGAGAUGGGCAGGGAGAGGAUGGAGAUGAAUGGGAAUGGGAAUGGGGAGGGGUUUUUGAAGGUGCUGUGAAUCCUCGACCUCGGGGCCCGGGUGCUGUGAUGGCUAGGUGAGGUAUGCGGUGAUUCCUGUU